AUGAGGAGAGAGCUGAAUAGGAAUUCCUCAGAGGUGACCGAUUUCAUUCUGCUGGGGUUUAGAACCUCUCCAAAGCUACAGAUCCUCUUGUUCUUAAUGUUCUUGAUCAUCUACAUAGUCAUUGUAGUGGGGAACAUCAGCAUGAUAACUGUCACUAAGAUGGACUCCAGACUGCAAACACCUAUGUAUUUCUUCCUUAGAAACUUGUCCUAUUUAGAUCUCUGCUAUUCCACAGUCAUUGCUCCAAAAAUGUUAGCUAAUUUCUUGAGCACUGAAAAGAAAAUUUUAUACAAUGACUGUUUGGUCCAAUUUUUCUUCUUUGCCUUGUGUGUUACUGUUGAAGCCUUCCUUCUCUCUGUGAUGACAUUUGAUCGGUUCUCAGCCAUUUGCUCCCCUCUCCUUUACCCUGUGCAGCUGUCACACAAAGUCUGUGUUCAGUUGGUAGCUGGGUCCUAUAUCUGUGGAUGCAUUAAUUCUGUAGUACAUACAGGUUUUACUCUCAAUUUGCGUUUCUGUGGAGAAAACAGACUGGACCACUUUUUCUGUGAUGUCUCAGCCUUGAACAAGAUCUCCUGUACUGACACGUUUGUCAAUGAGAUUGUGCUGUUUAUUCUCUCUGCUCUCAUCAUUAUUACUACCUCCACUGUCAUUCUGGUUUCUUAUGGGUAUAUCCUCUCUACUGUUCUAAAGAUUCCCUCCACCCAUGGCAGGAGAAAGACUUUCUCCACCUGUGGCUCCCAUAUAGCAGCUGUGAGUUUAUUCUAUGGAACUGUGUUCUUCAUGUAUGCCCAGCCUGGGGCCAUGUCUGCACCAGAGCAAAGCAAGAUCAUAGCUGUGUUCUACACUCUUAUAAUACCAAUGCUGAACCCUCUAAUAUACAGUCUGAGAAACAGAGAUGUGAAAGAUGCUGUGAAAAGAUUAUUAUCUGAGAAGUCAUCCUUUCGGUGA